CAUUAUUUUCAUAUUUUAACGCAGUAAACUUCCCUUUAAAGCGCUAGUGUUGCAUCUGUUGGGAGUUGGUUGUUGAGUGCGUCGUUGUGAAAUCAGUCUGCACCGAUUAUUAUUGCAUACAGUGUUUCUGUGAAAGAAAAGGAAUCCGUGCCAGAAAAUGUUUCGACCUUUGAUUAAGAACCCCGGUACCGCACGAUAUCGCCGUUACACCAACCGACCAUGUGGCAUACUGAUCGGGCAAACGGGCGUCGGGAAAACCACCUUGAAGAACCGUCUGUGUAACACCAACCAUUUGGCUGGUGCAUCCGAAGGCAGCGUAACCCAGCAGCUGGUGAAGAACGAUGUCAGUGUCGGGACGAAUGCCUUCUCCUUGAUCGACACACCAGGAACCGACAGCCAAACUCACACGUACAAGCAUGCUGUUCUGCUGCGUGCCGGACUGACCGCCACGGACCUGGCCACGCUCUUUAUCGUCGUGAAAUACGAGAACCGGUACUACAAGAUGAUCGACAAUUAUCUGCAAGCGGAACAGCCGGUGGCGAACUUCACCCGGAAAAUCGUCAUCCUCAUCUCGCACAUGGACAAUGCCGGGGAUCCGGGAGCUGAGUUCGCAAAAAUCUGCCAGUCGCUCAUGGAAGCCAGUCCGAAUGUCGCCAACGUGAUUUUCUUCUCGGAGCGAAGCAAUCCAAAUUCUGUUGCUGAGCUACUGUACGCCUGCAUGUCCAACAUGGAACCGCAGCGGUUGACGAUCUCGGACGACGAUUUCCAUUACAAUUUCACGCUGUAUCAAGUCCGGAUUAACAUGCGCAAAUCGUUCGAGCAGUAUAAGAAGCAAGUGCAGGCCCUGUUGGGCGGUUUUUCGCGACUCCGUGAUCGAACCAAAAAGGAGUCCGAUGAAGACAAGGACGAGUUGUUCCACGUCAUGAUUGUGCAGUUCAAGUACGAUCUGGAUGAACUGUACGACGAGUUUGUGGGGAAGUAUGGUACUGACAUGGUGGAGAUGGAGUACUUCGCUCUGUGCAUUGAAAUGCAGCGGGAGAAUGUCAAGAUAUGCGAUCGGUUCGUCAGCUCCGUCACCCCGCUGAUGACGUACAACCUAUUCGAUAAGACAGAUCCACGGAAUCUGAUUAAGGCGUGCCCCUUCUGUGGUCUGGUGUGGUGGAAGACGGAGGGUUGCGACGGUGAAACCAGGUGCGGUAGCCGCGUUAGCGCCGCCUUUGACUCGCGACCAAAUCGCAGAUCCUGGUUUCGGUAUGCCUUGGAAUGGAUCAAUGGCGAACUGGUCCACAGCAAGAAGCCAGUGGCCAGGCCUUUCGUCGGACCUGCACAGGCGUCUCAGUGGGCCGAUGGAGUUGGAUGUGGCCGACCAAUUACUUGGAGCGAGUUGCCCAAACUGAAGGAUGAAGUUCUGUUCAAAAUUUUCGAAGUGAAAACCAUGGAUGAAGUGAAGAGCAUCAUGCAGAAUGACGGGUACAAGAAAGCCAGAGCUAAUUAUGUCAGCAGCAUCGAUACAACCUUCCAUUCCUGAAUGGCCUCACCUCCGUUUUUCCUUGGUAACCGGGUAACGCGGGAUUAUGUCAAACUGGUUCAACCGUUCAUCGCCAUUACUGUACAGAUUACUUAGUAUGCUCACUAUGCUGGUAUGUUAUGCCGAAAAGUCCUCGAAAUCAUCGCCUUUCUGC